AUGCUUCUUGUCCCAUCCUUCCUCCUCCUGCUCCUCGCCUGCCCUGCCCUCCUGACCCCGUCAGGUUCCCAGAGCCUGCAGACUGGGGAUCAAAGGGCACCCAGGGACACAAAGACAGAGGGUGGUGGGCAGCCAAUCAAAGUGGUGAUCUCUGAGGCGUGUGUUCAGGGGGGCUCCAGUCAGACCCAGGGCAAGGAACUGGACCUUGAGCCUGGUUCUCCUCUAGUCCUUACCUAUCGAAUCCGACUGGUUCCAGGGUCGUGCGGAGGCGGGUGCGAGGCCGAGUUUGCUGCCCUGCGAGACCGUCUGGAGAGGCUGGAGAAGGAGGUGUCGUCAUUGAGGGAGAAGUGUGGAGGCCCAGAGGGGGGCUGCUGCACGUCCCAACAGAGCAAAGGUACAGUAGGACUGCUGCCAGGUGACUCACUGAGCAACUGGGUCUGGUUUUGACCAUCACAUGGCUUCCCCUCAUAGCUCCUCCCAUCUCACUGAAUCACCCAACUGGUUCUCAUUUGAGCACACACACACACACACACACACACACACACACACACACACACACACACACACACACACACACACACACACGCAGGUUGCACACACAGCUCUCACAUUAAUAUUAAAAACGAUCCAUCACUGACCUCAAUCAUGAUCACAUUUUGAACUGGCAGACUACAGCCAUGCUCACAUGAUCUAACUGACCUGAGUAAUGAGGACUCUGCUAAUGGGCUCGAUCAAUCAGAGCAAGUAUAGGACAAGGUCCAGCUCUAACUUGCUGCCCAAUGUGAUCUCAGACAAUCCUCCUAAUUUAGCUCUCCACCCUUCUCUCAAUGUGGGACACUUUCAGAAACAGCACGGAUAGUUUAUCCACUAAUCUGUUCAAAAUAUCAAUACACUGUAGUGGCUUACUGCUUUACUCUGUGUCGCUGUCCGAACCACCUCUCUAGGUGCUGAGUGCUCCAUCAAGCCGGAGGGAGACGAGUGUCCUAAUGAGUGCAGUGACCAGGGACGCUGUGAGGACGGCAAGUGUGUCUGCUUCCCAAGGUUUAGUGGUCCCGACUGCAGUUUGUCUGACUGCCCCGGCAACUGCAAUGACAAAGGAAAGUGUGUGAAUGGCCAGUGUGUGUGCGACCCAGGUUUCACAGGGCCAGACUGCUCUUCAGAGUCCUGUCCUGGAAACUGUAACAACAAGGGGCGAUGUGUGAACGGCCAGUGUGUGUGCGACCCAGGUUUCACAGGGCCAGACUGCUCUUCAGAGUCCUGUCCUGGAAACUGUAACAACAAGGGGCGAUGUGUGAACGGCCAGUGUGUGUGCGACCCAGGUUUUACAGGGCCAGACUGCUCUUCAGAGUCCUGUCCUGGAAAUUGUAACAACAAGGGGCGAUGUGUGAAUGGCCAGUGUGUGUGCGACCCAGGUUUCACAGGGCCAGACUGCUCUUCAGAUUCCUGUCCUGGAAAUUGUAACAACAAGGGGCGAUGUGUGAAUGGCCAGUGUGUGUGCGACCCAGGUUUCACAGGGCCAGACUGCUCUUCAGAUUCCUGUCCUGGAAAUUGUAACAACAAGGGGCGAUGUGUGAACGGCCAGUGUGUGUGCAACACUGGCUUCACAGGCCCAGACUGCUCUACCAAGGCAUGUCCUGGAAACUGCAAAAACAGAGGGAAGUGUGUGAAUGGUAAGUGUGUGUGUCAUAGUGGUUUUACGGGGCCAGACUGCUCUACCAAGUCCUGCCCUGGCAACUGCAGCAACCGUGGAAAGUGUGUGAAUGGCCAAUGUGUCUGCGAUAGCGGCUUUACGGGGCCGGACUGUUCCGCCAAAGCGUGUCCCAAUAACUGCAGCAACAAGGGAAAUUGCGUGAAUGGGAAGUGCGUGUGUGAAGUGGGCUUCAGUGGACAGGACUGCGCCGCUAAGGGCUGUCCCGAUAACUGCAGCAACAAAGGGCGCUGCGUGAAGGGGAGGUGUGUGUGCCGCCGUGGUUUCGCCGCCCCAGACUGCAGCCAGUGUGAAGCUGGGUUCACUGGAGCUGACUGUGGCACCGGUGAGUCAUCCAAAUAUUCUCCAUAAAACACUCUCAAGGCUGCAAUUGCCUUUUAAUAUUGUCCAGUGAAAAAGAGUACACACUGUAUUAGCCACAGGGCAGUGUUAAUAUAUCAUACUGUACAGUCAGUGUGGAAUAUAGUAUUCCUUUCUAUCCCAUUCGACAUACUGUUAUAUGUGCCACGCUAUGUUUUCAAAUACUGUAUGGACUUGCUGUGUGUAGACCAUGACCAUAUGUUGCAGCUUGAGGUGCUUACACAAAUUGAUUAAUGGACCUGUACCUUUUUAGGAAAAUAGGACUCUGUAUUUUACAUUGACUUUACAGUUAAAUGGGGGAAAUGUGCCAGCUGCGCAAAAGGAUGCCUUAUUGCCUUUAAAAUCGAUUCCACAGUAAAUCCCUUUAGCUAUUGCAAGGAAACAUUGCAUGGCUUUGUUGGCUUGAAUGACUGGAACUAAGCCCCUAACCCCUCCCCUGUCUCUAGCCAUGUCUGGUGUGUCCCAGCUCAACACCAAGGACAUCACUGAAUCCUCUGUUACCCUCUUCUGGACCCCACCUCCAGUCCAGUAUGACACCUACCACGUCAUUUUCGCCAGCCAGGUAAUAACACCCUACACACCCUAUUCACAAUUUCUUAAGAAGUUGUGA